CCAAGUUCUCUCCGUGCAUGCACGAUUAGCAUGAAUUUCUUAGGGAAAAAAAUUGUGUCCGAUUCCUCGCUUAUAUAUUAUCAUUAUCGCGCGCAUGAUCGCGACCUCUCCUCUCGAGAGACGAUUCGCGGAGGGCGCAUGAGCAAGGAAGGAGAGGCGCACGAAAGAGCAACCCCCGGCCCCGGCGCGCUUCUCACCCCUUUCGACGUCGGUCAUCGACGAGCCCUGGCCGUCAGUCCGACCGGCAAUCUCGCCGCGCCGCGUCGCCUCGUUUCGGGACAACUCGGCUGACAGUUGACACGCGACGAGAACGUAUCGAAAAAAAAAACUUGGACCGAUUUCGGAUGCGACAGUUUCGGGAGGUGGUUUCGGGGUGGCGCGAGCAAAAUGUGUUCCAAUCAUUGAUCGAACGUAUGGAUCGACCUACGUGGCGAGGGUCGACUUCUCGAGCCUCCUUUUAGAAACAUUCGUGUUGUGAAACGUCGUCGCGACCAUUCAAUUUUCCGAGCUUUGUUCAAUUUCUAUAUAUCCCUCCGUCAACUCCGUCGAUAUCUUUAAGGAGGAGCGUCUACGAUGACGUCGCGAGCGCCGAAUCUCCAAGAUACUGGGAACAUAUAUCCGUGACACGUAACACGAGGAUCGAUCAAUUUCCGGUGAUUGCGUGAGAAAUCACCGGGAACACUCGACGUCACCUCGCGCCCGCUCUGAGCGAUGUUCACGACUUCCUGUCAACGACCAUCGACGGGGUCUUCAUCAUCCACGCGUUAUCGUGGUGAAAAAUAAAUUCCGGUGCUGAAAAACUCGAUCGAUGAUGCUAGUCACUCAAGCCGCGAGGGCGGUAGUGAUGAGGGAAAAGGAGGGAAAGAAAGAGAGAGAGAGAGAAAGAGUGACUGAGUGUUGAACCAUUGAGAGUAGGUGUGAGAGCGAAGGGACGAUGGUGGGAUAAAAGUUUGUCCACCUCGUCAAGUUCCUUGCUGUACCUUUGCAUGACCUUUCGUUCGCUGGUCGACGCACUCGACAUUUCGAUGAACAAAACCCUCUAAUAAGCUCCAACAACGGAAACUGGACCAGUCCCAAUAGCCUAUUGUCGUCAUUUCGCCAUUGUAAUUUUGGAAUAAUACACAAAGGGCAGUGAUUGAUGUUGCAUUUGGAUCAACAUUGAGAGUAGCUGCACGUUUCUACCAAUUAUCUUGCAGUAAACUAGCUCUUUCGCGAUUUUAAUGAAACCCUUUAAUGAACAACCGAUCUUUGAUACCAUCAGCCUUCUAUUGUAAUCCGCCGAUCAGGAUUUGUUCGAACCAAAGUCGUUCCUUUUGGCGACCAAGACACUUAGAAUGGGCUGCAAAUCGGCAGCAAAGUCUAAUUUGGAUAAAGAGACGGUCGCGUGGUCGUCGUCGUCGUCGUCGUCGUUCCUUCUAAAGAACAAGAAGGCGAUUCGGGAACAGGACGGCCAACGCGAGUCCGAUCUCGGGGACGGGGAAGAGAGCGAAGAGGGUAACAACGAGUCAUCCAGAGAUAACAGCAGAAUGUCCAAAAACAACGCGGACAUCGGGGUCGCCAGCAGGUAGCUAUCAGGCUAGAGAAUGCAGAGAUUGCGCUCAACUUUCAAGAGGUCGCGCACUCCCACGGGGGCGGAAAUGAAGUCCCAAUCCAGCCUCGAGGUGCCCAAACAGAUCCGAUCGGCCUCCUUCGACGAGAUCCAGCUGCAGGCGAAGCAUCUGGACGACCGCACCAACUCGUCCUCGUCCUCCACGUGUUCCUCCGCGAGAUCCCAGGACUCGACUCGCGGCAGAAGGGGCUCGUCCACCCUGAAAGUGCCCCAAUUCCAGACCGGUCAGCGCUCCAAGAGCUUCGAUGCGUAUUCCGGGGGUCCUAGUUCCGGGUUUCCCGGCUCGCAGCUGCUACCGGGUUUCGAGCGCCCGGAAACCCCGAUCAUCCAGGUCUCCGGAUGUUAUCACUGUGCCUGCGUAGAGGAGUACAGGAGCCUCUGGCUGGCCGAGGACUUCUCCAAAGAGGAAGCCGAAACGGAGCUCCAUGACACCGAUAGCGGCACCUCGGACCUCUCCGAUAACGAAUCCGAGCACGAGGACGAGUCCAAGAGAGAUGGUAGCCCGGAGAUCAGGGUCAUCCUGACCUCGGACGACGACGCAGCCUGCGACACGCGAGAGAGAUGCGUCUCUCCGAUAGUCGAGAUCCUCCCCGAGGCAAAUUCCGAGGCCCCGGUAGACUUCUCGGACCUCAGACAGCGCAGACGAUCCCUGGCCUCGCCGAAGCUCUCCAGGCAGGAGGCUCUCACCACUUAUCCCUUAGAACUACCAGCCCCGGUCGAGACGAACGACGACGAUGACGACGACGACGAGAACGAGAUCGAGCCGAGCAAGUCGAAAUUCAUCGUGCGCGACAUAUUUCUGACGGUGCCGGAGCUGAAGCGGGAUCGCGCCGCCUCUGUGGACUCGUGUUUCAAUAACAAUAAAAAUGGAGGCGCCAGCGACCCGGAUUCGCUGGCGGUGCCGCAGCAGAGUAUCAGGUCCAAGAGCGUCGACAUCGUCCUGCCGACGGACGUUCGUACGAGAUAUACAACGCUGCUGCCCGGAAAGGAGUCGCGAUUCUCGAUAGGAGGGAGAGAAGACAGCGGAGAAGACAGAGAAGGGAGCUCGAGUGGUCAACGUGAACCUCGAUCUACACCAGAUUGGGGUCCAAAUGCAUUUAACGGAGAACAUCUUUGGGUGCCAACCGCUACAUCCGGUGACUUUUGUUACGUCAACGAGUGUUCGAAACACGGACCCCGGUUGAAGUGUCCCGCUUGCCGCGUAGUAGCUCACGCUUGCUGCGUCGCAAGUUUAGAGUUCGGUUGCAAGCCAAGCUUUCGCGACGUCGGGGUGCGUCAGUAUCGCGAGCAAACGACGACCCACCAUCACUGGGUCCACCGACGUUACCAGAAGGGUAAAUGCGCCAAUUGCGGCAAGUCCUUCCAAUCGAAGCUCAGCUUCAGCUCGCGGGAGAUCGUGGCGGUGAGUUGCAGCUGGUGCAAGACCGCGUACCACAACAAGGAGGCGUGCUUCAACGUUCACAAGAUAGGGGAGAAUUGCGAGUUGGGCAGUCACGCGUCGAUUAUGGUGCCUCCGUCCUGGAUCGUGAAGUUACCGCGAAAGGGAAGCUUCAAGAGCAGCCUGAGGAGGACCAGGAAGAAGAAGUCCGCCGGUAGCGGCGGAACUUCCACGCGCCGGAAAAGCAGGGACAAGGAGAAGGAGGAGAGAGAAAAUAAGGAGAAAGAUCAAGGAGAGCUCUGGAUCGUCAAGCCCAUUCCCACGGCCACGGUGAAGCCCGUUCUAGUCUUCAUUAAUCCGAAAUCCGGCGGUAAUCAGGGCGCGAAGCUGCUGCAGAAGUUCCAAUGGCUGCUCAAUCCGAGGCAAGUUUUCGACUUGACGCAGGGUGGGCCGAAGAUGGGACUCGAGCUCUUCAAGAAAGUUCCCAAUCUACGAGUUCUGGCUUGCGGAGGCGACGGGACCGUUGGCUGGGUUCUAUCGAUCCUGGAUCAGAUCGGCGCCUAUCCAGCUCCGGCGGUCGGGGUACUUCCGCUGGGCACCGGAAACGACCUGGCGAGAGCGCUAGGAUGGGGAGGCGGCUACAAGGACGAGCCGAUCGGGAAGAUCCUCACGAGUAUAGGUGACAGCGAAACCACUCUGCUUGACAGAUGGCAACUCAAGGUCGAGAGGAACCCGGACGCCAAGAACGACGACGACGGCGGCAAGGGAAAGGAGAAUUUGCCGCUCAACGUUGUUAAUAAUUACUUCUCGCUCGGCGUGGACGCGCACAUCGCUCUCGAAUUUCACGAAGCCCGAGAGGCUCAUCCAGAGAAGUUCAACUCGAGAAUGAGGAACAAAUUGUUCUACGGACAGAUGGGCUGCAAGGAUUUGUUGCUCACGAAAUGGAAGGACCUCUCGGAUUUCGUGACCUUGGAAUGCGACGGUCAGGACAUGACGCCGAAAUUGAAGGAGCAUCGAGUGCACGCUAUACUAUUCUUAAAUAUCGCUUCCUAUGGCGGAGGGACGCAUCCUUGGAGCGCGAGUAGCGGCACCAGGGAACCCGCCAUGGAUGACGGCUUGAUCGAAGUGGUCGGCUUGACCACGUAUCAGUUGCCCCUUUUACAAGCACGAGGACAUGGCACUUGUAUAGUACAAUGCAGCACAGCCAAGCUGGUCACGACCAAAACUAUACCGAUGCAGGUCGACGGCGAGGCCUGUCGCCUUUUACCAUCCAUCAUCACUUUAAAUAUGUUAAACAAGGCUACAAUGUUAGCGAAAAGAAGAAAUGCGGGCAAACCUCCUCAGCAUGUCGCGAGAUUAGAUAGGCUAAAGCUACCUGUGAUGAAGAUAAAGAUGUCGGAUUACGAGACGUAUUAUCACGACAAAGAGAGAUUAAAGGAAGCGGCAGAGUUGUGGUUAGCGGAACCGCUCGAUCUCGAUGCUGCGACCGAUCUGGAGACCCUGAGGAAGCUCUUGGUGAAAGAUUACAACGUGGAUUCUUGCUGUUUCCUCGAUUCGUGCACUACGGAAAGAUUCUUCAGAAUCGACCGCGGGCAGGAACAGUUGCAUUAUGUAACGGAUGUCGCCGUGGAUGCUGUCUACCUUCUCGAUGAAGAUACCGUUCAACAGCACGAGGGUCAAACUGGAUCGAGCCAGAUCAUCGCGAGUGAAGAAAUGGAAGCUGCGCGGGUCUACUCGCCGAGCGAUGAACGUCUAAAGGAGAUGCCAGCCGUGACGGAGGAGCGAACAACUCCGAAAGACGUGCAGAAACAAAGACGAUCUUCCAUCCUCGAGAAAGCCAGGCUUUGCGGGAGCUUUUCCUUCGACAAAGAAACCGAUAAUCAAAAUCAAGCUGUCAAGCCGAAGUACCCAGCGAGUCGAAACUCCUUGGAUGUGCCAUCACCGAGCGAGGACGUCGAAUCGAAUUCCCUUAUAAAUCGCGAGUCCCUCAAACAAAACUCUGGCAUCGCUCGUACAGAUCAAUCGCAACAACAUCAUGAUCGACUCCCCGCUUUUAUCAGCCCUCGCGAUAGACUGUUCAGUCUAAGCUCGGGAGUUCACGGAUUCAACACUGAAUUAUUGGAGAAAAAUUGCGACGACAUAUUGAGAGCAGCGAAAAUUGGCGAUCUUCCGACAUUGAAGGAACUUUAUCAAAAGGGAUAUUCGCUUUUAUCGAUCGACGAAACUGGCCAAACGGCACUUCACUUGGCGUCGAAGCACGGCCACAAAGACAUCGUCAGAUAUCUUAUUGCCUGUGCCCCACCGACAAUUUUAAACAUGAUUGACAAUGACAAAGGGCAAACCGCUUUGCAUAAGGCAGCUCAGUACAAACGUCGUUCUAUUUGCUGCAUGCUAGUAGCCGGCGGAGCGUCUUUGAUGGUGAAGGAUCGACAUGGCAAUACGCCGCAUCAGCUCGCUCUGAUCGCGGAAGAUCAUGAUUUAGCAGCGUAUUUACAAAGUCAAAAACACUUUCAACUGGCGACGGAUGAAAUGGAGAACAAUCUCUGACCUCCAGCGUUGAUUGCCACGGCUUGAAUCAUCUGGAACGACGAAAGAGGUACAACAAAACAAUCGACCUGCAAUGUCGAUAAUUUGACGACGUCUUUGGGGCAUUUUUUCGACGACGUAUAUAAAUCGCUCGUGAUAAUAUCCGAAUAACAUUCUCGUUCGACGUACGAUUACGACGUCGAUUACGAUUACGUGUUUGCCAAAUGUCGUAUUUUUUCUUGUCGAUAUACUUCGAAAUUAUACUCUUAUACUAGGACACAAUUAUCACAUAAUUAUACAGAUAUACAUACAUAUACGUAACUAUAUAGCUGUUCUCGAUCGAUAUAGAUCCUUAUUUUUCUCACUCGUAUAUAAUAUACUUGCCCGAGGGACUUGUAGCUUUACUCGCGUUCUUGUACUCCGGCAAGUGGACCAUAAUCGGCCAGGGAGCAGCCCCGAAAAGAUUGCUCCCAAAAAAUCGGAGCAAAUCUAUUUUUCUCGUAAUGACAUUUAAUGUCUCUCCGGUCCAAAAUGAGACAGUCAAUUUUGUACGUAUCUAUACACACAUACAUACACAUAUCUUCAUACACUCCAAGUAACAAGUGCGUCAUUUUAACGUCGAAUAACGUCAUUUUGACGUUCAAUGACGUUAGUUUGCUACUUGGGACGUAUAUGCAUGUACACAUUUAAUGAAAUAUACAGAAACAUUUUCUGACGUUAGAAAAAAUAUAUCUCGUAUACGAAAGAAAAUAUAAUAUGAAUAAUAAAAUGGACCACUCACCCGUUUGCUAAAAGAUUAUUUAUAUAGAAGCCAAUUCCGAUUAUGAAAUCUGUGCCAAUUUAAAAAUCGAGUCUUGGAUGAAACGUUGACGUGUUUUUGACGAUGCCAAACAAAACUUAACUGUCUCAUGUUGGAUGCAUGUGCAAAAUGUUCAUAGUUUUCCACUCGAAACUGGGUGCUAAGCGGAUCGAUAAUCUGUUAGCUUUAACAAAAAAAAGGAGGAAAAAUUAGAGAAUAUAAUUUUAGACAGAAAGAACGAUAAAGAGAAAAAAAAUGAAAAAAAGGAACAUUCUAUAAACACGAUACCAAACUGUAAAAAGGGAUCAACGUACGAACACCAAUUAGUUGUUAGAGAGAUGCAGAUCUAUCGCUAUUAACGUACUAUUACUAUAUAAUGAUUAUUUUUUGUCGUAUAUUGAUAUAAGAUCUAUGUACAUAUGUGUAGAAUUUUUAGGCGCUUAUCGCUUAUCGGAUUCGCGCAUAUUCUAAAAGAAGAGACGUCGUUUACAAGUCAAUAUCGAUCGUGCACGCAACGAUUUCUUUCUUUCAUGCGUCUUAAUCGGGCCCUUUUACUUAAAUGUAUAUAUAUAUAUAUAUAUAUAUAUAUAUUUCUGUGAUCUCUUCUAUAAAAUUCUAAUAGUUUAUAUUCUAUUAUACUUGUGAAACAUGUAUCGAGAUUUCACAUAAGCGCGAAUAUGUUAUAUCAUUGUAUAUCCUCUAUCUUUACAUCUCUCUUUUCUCUGUUAUUAAAUAUUCUCUGUUAUUACAAAUUAUACUAAAUACUAACGCUCAAUAAUUUGAAUACGUUUUUCAAGAUCAAAUUUAAUUCAACUUAUAAUUAUUCUCUACAAAAAAUGACAAGUGUAAUAUCUUUCAAAAAUUAAACUGUAUGUUAAUUUUUGAAUUAUGUAUGCACCCGCAAAAAUAAUUAAAAAUAUUUAGAUACCGACUUUUUAAUGGAUGAACAAAUGCGAUUUUUAAAAAUAUGCAGGCUAAAACACACAGUUUGUUGAAACUAUUGAGUGUUAGUAUUUGAACGAUCGUGCACUGUAAAAAAAGUCGAUUUCACAUUCGUGAAAGAGAAGAAGCGCGAUAUUUAGGACACCCUGCUUUACCUUUACUCCUUUGGAGUAUUUGAAAAGAAAUGCCUUUCUCGAUCCGUACCUGUUAUAAUACCAUUGUCGACGAUAAUUGUCGAAUAAAAAAGAAAGAAUUUAAAACGCGAGAGAAUACUUAUAUAUACACAUAUAUAUAUAAAAUUGUUGUAGGAUUGUUGUAGGAUGUACAAGAGAAUAUUUUGCGAGCGUGUGAUCGGGUAUACAUCGUACAUACAUAUGUAAAUCGAGAUAACGAAUGAAAGAGUAUAUGUACAUAUAUAGUUAAUUAGUUUUAUGCCCGAUAACACGCAACGGCAUUGAAGCCGGUAGCCGGUUUUACAUCUUGCAGAGAGUUUAAUUUUCGAUGCCAAAUGUACAGUGAGAAAAGAUAAAUGAUUGUGCUUGCAUUGCGCUUGCGAUUGAGAAUAAAACAUCAUUUCUCGUAGGAACUUUUCACUCAGGUCAAGAUUGUGUACCGGUUUCAAUCGGCUCCGGAAGUAGCGUAUCAAGCUCGUAUUACACUACAGAUUUGCGGGUUCUCAAGUAGCAAACUGACGUCAAAAUUACAUCAUUUCAUUAAAUGUCAAAAUGACGUUACUCGAUGUCAAAGUGACAUCCCCAGUAGCAACCAUACAUCAUUUUGACAUUUAAUGACAUCAGUUUGCUACUUGGGUUCAAUUGCAAUUGGGAUUACAAUUGCAAGCUGCUUUGCUCCGAUUAACAAAUUAAUUAGUGACAGUCAAUUAUAAUCCCAAUUGAACCCGCAAACUCCUAGUGUAAUAGGGGGUUUAGGCGAGAUUUAGAGAGAGACAAAAAGGGAAGUUAAUAGAAUUUCUCAGAUAUAUAGCGACGCCUUUCGCGCGACGCGGUGAGGACGCUGGCUCGGCUCGCAAAUCUCUCAGUUUAAGUUUUAGAGCAAUAAAUUAACGACAAUCACAAACAUUUCGGCAUAAGCCAGCGCUCGCACCGCGACUGUUAUAUUUCUGUCCCGUCCAUUCCCUUUUAUUUUCCGUUUCUUUUCUCUCAUUCUCUCAUUAUCUCAUUUCUCGUCUCUUAUUGUCUUAUAUGAUAAAAAAAAAGUACCGUGUGCACGAGCAUACUUUAUUUUCUCUAUGAGGGUAUAUACUUAUACGUGAAUGUGUGUAAAUAAGGCUUCGAAAAUCAAAAGAAGACUCGUAUAUUGCGCGAGGUAUGAUUAUCGAGCGCAAACAAAUACGAGCGUAAAUUAUAUUUAGAGACUCUAUAUAAAAUAAAAGUAAAUCAUUUAUA